AUGAUUUCUGACGACUUCAAAUACUUUUGCUUGAGUGGCGAUAUCCCAAUCGGCGGGCCCAGCACUUGGCAUGUCGUCGAUUGGGACCAGAGACGGGUUGUCUCUGUGACGAUGGACGGGGAGCAGGAUGAUGACAGCCUCGCUAUCAGACACUUCCGACGUCAUGCCAGCUCUCUCCCUCUUGGCAUCCACAGGAUUUAUGUAUCGCACACCGGCGAAAUUAUCUGUGCGUAUAGUGAUGCCGACAAUGACCCAACAUAUUGCGUCCAUUAUCCCUUCCUUCACGAUAUUGUGGUUCCGGAAGGCAUCCAAACAGUGCACCGAGACGAGCUAGAAGAACUUGACCGUCUCGGACCCGAUGUCGAUCUUGUAUCUUAUCCUUUAUCUGACAGAGAGUCAGCCAAGAAGCAGGUCGUCUUCAAAUACUAUUUCCUGUACCAGUACGCACAAAGUUCGUGGAAGGAAAUGAAUCUCUGGAUGCGUCUGCCGCGACAUCCAAACAUCGUUCCGUUUGACCGCAUUGUCAUCGACGAACUGGAGGACCGUGUCGUCGGAUUCACAAACCUCUACAUACCUAGCGGCAAUUUGGAGGAUAGUCCACCGCGCGAAUUCAAGCUGCAAUGGUUACAGGACCUCAUUAGUGUUGUGGACGACUUGAACCUCCGUUACGGCAUCGCCCAUCAAGAUAUCGCCCCACGAAAUCUCCUUGUUGAUGAAUCAACAGAUUCAAUCAUGAUAUUUGAUUUCAACUAUGCGGCCCGCAUUAACUGUCCUUCGCCUAAUGAAGGGGAGAGCUACGAGGAGGAGCGUAAUGACGUCAAGGGCGUCAUUUUUACUCUAUACGAGAUCAUCACUCGUGACAGGAGUUUACGCGAAAAGCCCUAUGAAGAACAGAACCUUGAUGACAUUGAGUCGGAGUGGAUCAAGCACCCCGAAGUUCAGCUAGACCACCCGAUUGCUUCUUAUCGGCUUGUGUUAAAAGAAUGGCGAGAACAAAGAGGAGUGUAUCUCUCCAAAACGCGAACCGGGGUAUUGCCAGACGCUAUCGACUGGCCUGUCAGACCUAAGCUCCCGCCAACGACAAUCUUCACUAUGGAUGAGCAUGGGCAGCCACGCUCGUUAAUAGUAGAUGAUUGGUGGUAUGAGAGGCGGCAGGAUGUAUUGAGUAAGGGUGGAAAGGUCUUGAACUGGGAGCGACCGCCACAGGGGCUUUUCAAACAAGGAUUGCGGGUCCUCUCGACGGGUGAAACAAUUGAUUCUAUGCCACCAGAAAGAUCAACACUUCUUUCCUCUGGCAAAGAGCGUGUUCAAUCCGAUAGGAUGGGGGAGAUGUCACGAACCUAA